AUGAACUUGGCCAUGGUUCGUUCGGCAUGUUUUAAUAGGCAUUCAAAUGGCGAUAUUAAUAUUUCAAUACAACGUUGCCUGGCAGAAUGUCGAAAAAUGGCCACGCUCAAUCAUCGCAAUAUAAUUCAGUACAAACAAAGCGGCCAGAUUAACAAUCAAUACUUGUACAUCAAAAUGAACCUGUGCCAAACAAAUUUAAGGGAAAUAAUUAAUUUAAAAAUUGAAUUGAUACAAAAGUACCCUGACAACCCAGAUAUCCGAGCGUUUGAUUAUGUCGUUUCGUGUAAAAUAUUUAAAGAAAUUUUAGAUGGCUUACAUUAUUUACACACACGACCACAGCCAAGCAAUCCGUAUCGUAUGAGCGAGAUAUCGGAAAUUUUCGCUAUCGAGCCGACGAAACAGCCAUUGGACGCUAUUAUCCCGAAUCGGACAUAUAUAGCCUUGGACAAAUUUUAA